CACCAUUGCGGUGACAAGGAUCAAGUGACUUGAGCUGGAAUUUUAUGGCGGCGGGGCUAAGCCGAAGAUGAGAGGAAAACUUUGAUCGAAGUUGCAUGAUAAUUACAGAUUUGCUGCUUACCUUGAACUCCAGCAUCCUGUUUUUUGUUUGCAAAAUUUACCAACAUGCCUGCUGUGAAAGGGGAAGGAAUGCGUGGCCUGUCUGUGUUCAUUUCAGACAUUCGAGGAUGCAAGUCCAAAGAGGCUGAAAUGAAAAGAAUCAACAAAGAGCUUGCAAAUAUCAGAUCAAAAUUCAAAGGUGACAAGCAGCUGGAUGGAUAUCAAAAGAAGAAAUAUGUCUGCAAAUUGCUUUUCAUUUUUCUGCUUGGUAAUGACAUUGAUUUUGGACACAUGGAAGCUGUCAACCUAUUGUCUUCCAACAAAUAUACAGAAAAGCAGAUUGGAUAUCUGUUUAUCUCAGUCUUAAUUGGUGCAAGUAGCGACCUGAUGAGGCUGAUUAUUCAAGGAAUCAAGAAUGACCUCGUGAGCAGAAAUCCAAUCUUUGUCAGUCUUGCCAUGCAGUGUAUUGCCAACAUUGGAGGUCAAGAAAUGCUGGAGAAUGUCAAGAUGGAUAUCCCAAAGCUUCUUAUCUCUGGGGAUUCAAGCGACUCGGUGAAGCAGUGUGCAGCACUUUGCCUACUAAAACUGUUCAGAAUAAGCGAAGAUGUUGUGCCAAGAACAUCAGAAUGGACGUCUAGGAUCUGUCAAAUGCUUAAUGAUCCGAAUCUGGGUGUCGUAACAGCAGCCUCGAGUUUACUGAAAGAACUUAUCCAAAAGUACCCUGAUGACUACAAAGGUUGCGUCAAUUUGGCAAUUUCCAGAUUAGCAAGGAUUGUCACUUCUUCGUACACGGAUCUCCAAGACUACACAUACUACUUUGUCCCUGCACCUUGGUUGUCUGUCAAAUUACUACGACUUCUUCAGUUCUAUCCGCCUCCAGAUGAUGCUGCCCAGAUGAGUAAAUUGACGGAGUGUUUAGACACGAUCCUAAAUAAAGCUCAGGAGCCACCGAAGUCAAAGAAAGUACAACAUUCCAAUUCGAAAAAUUCAGUUUUAUUUGAAGCAAUUAGUUUGAUAAUACACAUGGACAACGACCAGCAUUUGUUAAUUCGUUCUUGCAACCAAUUAGGACAGUAUCUAACUCACAGAGAGACAAAUUUAAGAUAUCUUGCGCUUGAAAGCCUAUGUUCGAUGGCCAAUUCUGAAUUCUCGGCCGAUGCUGUUCGUAAACAUCAAGAAAUUGUUAUUCAAGCCUUAAAGAACGAGCUAGACGUAAGUGUCAGGCAAAGAGCUGUUGAUUUGCUUUAUGCAAUGUGCGAUAGUUCCAACGCUACGGAGAUCGUCACUGAGAUGCUGGACUAUCUCAAACACGCUGUGUAUUCGAUUAGAGAGGAGCUGGUAUUGAAAAUUGCAAUUCUUGCUGAGAAAUAUGCAACAGACUAUUCCUGGUAUGUUGAUACUAUUCUUGAGCUGAUCAGAGUUGGUGGAGAUUUUGUUGGCGAAGAGGUGUGGUAUCGUGUCAUUCAAGUUAUAAUUAACAGAGACGACAUCCAAGGUUAUGCUGCUAAAACGGUAUUCGAGGCAUUGCAGCUACCUGACUGCCAUGAAAACAUGGUCAAAGUUGGUGGAUAUAUCUUAGGAGAAUUUGGGAACUUGAUUGCAGGGGAUCCUCGGUCGAGCCCGAUGGUACAGUUCCAGCUUCUUCACGGCAAGUUCCCAUUAGCCACCGUGCCAGCGAAAGCUCUCCUGCUUUCAGCGUACAUAAAGUUUAUCAAUCUUUUCCCAGAAAUCAAAGGACAUAUCCAAGAGAUCCUAAGAAGUGACACAAAUCUUCGAAAUGCCGAUACUGAAUUACAGCAAAGAGCAUUGGAGUAUUUACGUUUGAGUUCAAUUGCCAGCCAAGAUGUCUUAGCUACAGUACUGGAAGAAAUGCCCCCAUUCCCAGAGAGGGAGUCAUCAUUGCUAGCAAAGCUGAAGAAGAAGAAGGGUGGAGCGGCUCUUAUUGGAAAGGAAAAGGAAGAGGAGACUGCAUCAAAUGGUCCAUCUGAAGCUCCUUCGUCAUCACCUCCUGUCACAACACAGACCUCACCAAUAAGGAUGCCACCGAUGUCUUUUCCUCCAAUCAGUGCUCCAGCUCCCCCUGCUUCCGAGACUGCUCUGGUCGACAUUUUCGACACCCCACCUGAACCGGUCAUACCUACUGGUGGAAAUAUUGUCGUCUCUCCAGGGGCUGAUCAAGCUGUUAGAAAAUUUGUUUGUAAAAACAAUGGUGUCCUAUUUGAAAAUGAAAUUAUCCAAAUUGGAAUCAAGUCAGAGUAUAAGACAAACCGAGGUCAAAUAAGGGUUUUCUAUGGCAACAAGACCUCGUAUUCGUUGACUGCGUUUUCCACUGCUGUUCAUCUUGAUGACAAUUUGAAGUCGCGGUUAUUGGUAGUAAGUCAAGAUGUUCCGGGGAAUGUUGAUGGCGGUGCACAAAUACAACAAGGCAUUGAAUGUGAAUGUCUCUCGGAUUUUGCGGACCAGCCAUUGUUGAUUGUUCAGUUCAGUGUUACUGGAACCGUUCAUAAAAUCGUUCUCAAGCUACCGAUAUUCUUAGUCAAGUUUGCUGCUGGUGCCUCAAUGAAUGCGCAAGACUUCUUUAACAGAUGGAAGCAGCUUAGUCGGCCUGAACAAGAAGCCCAGAGGAUCUUCAACGCUGCCUUCCCGAUCGACAGAGAAGCCACAACUACAAAACUUCUCGGAACCGGCCUGAGUUUGCUGGAAGGAAUCGACCCAAAUCCGGAUAAUUUCGUGCUGGCUGGUGUCAUUCAUACAACCUCGUUUCAGACUGGCAGCCUCCUCCGCUUAGAACCAAAUAAACAAGCAAACAUGUAUCGGCUGACCAUACGUUCUUCAAGAGACGCAAUAUCAGCUUUCCUGGCGCAGAAUCUAGAGGAUCAGUUUUAGUUAGCAAUAACUGUAUACGAGUAAACUGUGAAUGUUGCUGGCUCACACGAAAAGGUCACUACGAAUCCAUUUCGAACACUGUUUAGACUGAAGAAACCGGUGAUUGAUUUAUAUAUGAGACAUUUAAACACAAAUUUUAAAUCAACGAUAAUUUCCAAUUUCAGAGAGGUAAUGUAUCUUUACUUAUACUGGGGUGUUAAGCGUAAAAGGUCAACUAACAUUGAACUGCGUUUGGUUUGUUUUUAAGAAUUUCUUGAAGCCCUUUUUCAGUAGCUUUACAACGCCUUUAUCGCAAUUAUAUGCGUAUUCUCACAUUAAAAUACUUUUUCUAAAGAUAUUUGUAUAGAUGAAGCCCAAUUCAAUAUUCGAACUAUGCUCCUGUCACUAAAUAACUUCCUGUAGUUUAAGGUGAUUUGUUACUCUAUGUGGUUCAUAUCUCUCAGUGAUUCAUUUUGUAAAGAUUAAUUGGACCAGAAUUUCCAGUCUUGGCUUUACCAAUUAUUCAAUUACUAUGUACAAAAUUACUGCUGAUUGUAUUAUCAUGUACCACAGUAUAUCCCUCGUUAAAUUGCAUUUUCUAUUGUAUUUAGCUUUUGGGUGAAAAAUCCCAGCCCAAGAGGAGAAUAACGAGAUGCCAUAGAAGUAGUUGAGUUUAAUGAGGAACGAUAGUUUUAUUACCUCAAACUUUUAAAAACCUGUGCUCAUUUAAAUAAUUUUAUCUCCUACUUUCACACAAA